AUGGAACGCACCCUCAUUGCUAUCAAGCCUGAUGGAAUGCAACGAGGAGUGAUAUCAGAAAUCGUUUCUCGAUUCGAACGCAAGGGCUUCAAGCUUGUUGGUAUCAAAGUCAUUGUUCCUUCCAAAGAUUUUGCACAGAAGCAUUACCAUGACCUUAAGGAGAGACCUUUCUUCAAUGGUUUGUGUGACUUCAUGAGCUCUGGUCCUGUUAUCGCCAUGGUUUGGGAAGGAGAAGGAGUGAUCAGAUACGGACGUAAACUGAUCGGCCAAAAGAUGAGAUCAAUCUGUGGUUUAAGCCUCAAGAACUUGUUUCUUACACCAAUAACGCUGAGACUGAUA